UCACACGGAUCUUUUAGUUACUAUAAAAACGUUCACACGGAUCUUUUAGUUUCUAAGUUAAUAAAGAAAAGAAAAAGGUAUCUCCAGUCAUGGCCGCUGCGAUGGUUCUCUCUUCUCGAACCCUAGUCCACCGUAACCCUAAUCCUCGCCUUAGCCGCCACUCUAACGCUGCUACAGAGGCUACUCCUCGCCGACGGAAGCGAAACCCUACCACGACGUCUCAACCUACGGUGAUCAAAUCUCCGGCGGCGAAUCUUGUGAUGGGAGAAGUCAAGAUCCUCAAACGCGGCGAGACAUUGAGCGCGUUUAACAACAAGGAGAACAACAGUAGCUGCGAUGUUACAAGACGACCUGUUUCGAAGAAGAUGAUGAAUAAUGACGUUGAUUUGAUUGUAUCGUCGACUAAUAGACUUGGACCUGAACCAGAGACUGUGAAGAAACAGAUCGGAGCUUUAAAACGAUUGGAGAUCUUCGCCGGAGCUGGUUGCUCUAUUUCGCCGCUUCCCAGCUCUGUUCCGAUCCCAUGUUUUCUGGAGAAGAACAAUCUCGUCCUUUAGAUCUCCAAAAGAAGAGAUUUGGGGGGAAACUAAACCCUAGAAAUUGCAACCAGUCUUUAAGAGGCGCGCAGAUGUUGAAGAUAUCAUGUGAAGUGAGAUAAACAAAUUUGUUUGUUUGUUUAUCUCAGAGAAGGAAGAAGAAGAAGAAGAAGAAGAAGAAGAAGAAGAUGGCGCCUCAGUGCUCCAAUUACAACCAAAACUUGGCUCUGCUCAGUGCUCUGUAACAGUGAUGACUCUUCUUAAUCAAAUUUGUUUCAAGCAGAACUGUUUGUGUCAUUGUUGUUAUCAGCUUCA